AGUAGUAAAAUGAGGGAGGAAGAGAACAAAAAGGGACUGGAAACCGUCCCCCUGACCUCAUAUUUGUAAACAAAGCAAUCAAUAAAACAAAAUUCAAGCCCAUGCCCUCUUGUUUGCUUGCUUCCACAAUUCCCUCUCUCUCUCUUUAAUCUCUCUCUCUCUCUUAAUUAAUCUCUCUCUAUCUGAAUAACACCAAAAGCUGCUAAAAAAACUCGUAACGCCUCUACACUAAUAAAUAUUAGUGUAAUCUACAACACCCUUUUUUUAUUUGUUUUUUUCGCUUUUGGAAAUCUUCUCUUCCACCUUAAGUAUGCUGCUGCUGCCUAUAAUAAACAAAUGUAUAGGAAGAAGGUACCCCUAAUUGAUCCUCUCUUUUCUCCUAUCAUAUGAACAAACUAACCACAAGUUUGCAUGCAUCAUCAUCUCCUUAAUCCUUUUUUUCAUCUCAUUAAAACCUAUUUUAUAUAGAUACAUAUAUAUAUAUAUGAUGAUGAGCAGCCCAAUGAGUCAAGCACAACCAAAGCCACUCCUUGCCAUUCAGACCACCACCUCUCCAACAUCUGAAUCUGAUCAUCAAGAAUAUCACCAUGGUGGUGGUGGUGGUGGUGGUGGUGGCGGUGAUAACAUUAAUAUUAAUGGCAACAUUAAUAAUAUCCUUCAAUUAUCUCCACCACUAGGCCUGCCACCGUCGUCGUUGCAGAAGAAAUCAGUAAAGUACAUGGAAUGCCUCAAGAACCAUGCAGCGGCAAUUGGCGGCACCGCCACCGACGGCUGUGGAGAAUUCAUGGCCGGGGGGGAAGAGGGCAGCCUAGAGGCCCUGAAAUGCUCCGCAUGCAACUGCCACCGCAACUUCCACCGUAAAAUACAGCUGGCCGAACAUCAUCAUCAGUUAAUGUUUAUGAAGAAGAGGAGUACAAGUGGUAGCGGCGUCUAUAUUAAUGGGGCAGGGGAGGCGGCAGAAAUUGGCUUAGCAAUAGGAGGAGGAGGGCAUAAUCAAACGUCGUUGUCGUCGGGGGAAUUAGGGAAGAAGAGGUACAGAACAAAGUUCAGUCAAGAACAGAAGGAGAAAAUGCAGGUGUUUGCAGAGAGAGCUUCUUGGAAAAUAACAAAACUGGAUGAAUCUGAGGUCAGAAGUUUCUGUCAGGAGAUUGGGAUUAAGAGGAAGGUUCUAAAGGUGUGGAUGCACAACAAUAAGUAUCACUUAACCAAGAAAACCACCACCACCACUGCUACUACUACAUCAGUUGAAUAAUAAUGUCAUCUCAAUUCAGAUAGAUUAAUAAUAAUAAUUAAGUUGGUACUUCUUCUUCUGAUUCCGGUUAAUUAAUUCCCAGUAAUAAAAAAUUCAAAUGAUGAA